AAACUCAAAGCAAAAAUGAAGUCUUGUCUACUUCUCUUUCUCAUCUUCUCAUUUCUUUUAUCAUUUUCCUUAGCCGAGCAAUGUGGUCGACAAGCGGGAGGAGCUCUCUGCCCCAACGGUCUAUGCUGCAGCGAGUUCGGAUGGUGCGGUGACACCGAACCUUACUGUAAGCAGCCUGGCUGCCAAAGCCAGUGCGGUGGUACUCCUCCUGGCCCCACCGGUGAUCUUUCAGGCAUCAUUUCAAGAUCUCAGUUCGACGACAUGCUUAAACAUAGAAAUGAUAAUGCUUGUCCCGCUAGAGGUUUCUACACUUAUGAUGCCUUUAUCAAUGCCGCUAAGUCUUUCCCUGGCUUCGGCACCACCGGAGACACUGCCACAAGGAAGAAAGAAAUCGCUGCCUUCUUUGGUCAGACUUCCCACGAGACCACCGGUGGGUGGGCCACAGCACCAGACGGACCAUAUUCAUGGGGAUACUGUUUCAAACAAGAGCAGAACCCUUCUUCAAACUACUGUUCACCGAGUGCCGAAUGGCCAUGCGCAUCUGGUAAAAGCUACUACGGAAGAGGACCAAUGCAGCUAUCAUGGAACUACAACUACGGACAGUGUGGAAGAGCCAUCGGAUCUGACUUACUCAACAACCCUGACCUUGUCUCCAACGAUCCAGUGAUCGCUUUCAAAGCCGCGAUUUGGUUUUGGAUGACACCUCAGUCUCCAAAACCGUCGUGCCACGCUGUUAUCGUUGGCCAGUGGCAGCCUUCAGAUGCUGACCGUGCUGCUGGAAGAGUACCGGGUUACGGUGUGAUUACGAAUAUUAUUAACGGUGGUUUAGAGUGUGGACGCGGCCAAGACGAUAGAGUCGCGGAUAGAAUUGGAUUUUACCAGAGGUACUGUAACAUUCUUGGAGUUAAUCCUGGAGGUAACCUUGACUGUUAUAACCAAAGGUCCUUUGCUUCUGUUAAUUUCUUCCUUGACGCUGCUAUUUAAUAAGGAGUGUUAUGCAGCUUUGUAUCCAAAAGCAAUAAGGGAUUAAUAGCAAACUAAAUAAAACUCUUUGUCGUAUCUUA